AUGGCAGCGGCUCUCAACAGGUUUAUUAGCCGCUCGUCAGAUAAGUGCCAUGUCUUCUUCCAAACUCUUAAGAAGCAAAGCCGACAAAGUUUUAAGUGGACGGAAGAUUCUGUGUCUCCACAUGCCGUAAGCUCGGCACUUGUCCGACGGGAAGGCCUUGAGGACCAACCAAUCUACUUUUCUAGCCGAACCUUACUCCAAGCACAGACUAGAUAUUUGCCACUGGAGAAGCUUCUUCUAGCAUUGGUUACAGCAGCUCGGAAACUGCUUCCUUAUUUUCAAGAGCACCCCAUCAUAGUUCUCACGGAGUUUCCACUUAAAAAUCUCUUGAGGAAGGCUGACCUAUCAAGCAGAGUAUCUCAAUGGGCGGUCGAAUUAGCAAAUUUUGAUAUCCACUUUGAGCCUCGAACUGCAAUCAAGGCCCAAGUAUUGGUAGACUUCAUUGCUGAAUUCACCCCAGGAAGCCCGGACGAGGAAACAUUGGUCAAGCCUACUUAUGGGAUGCUAGAACAACAAGAGGCUCGGAAAGCUUGGAACUUAUUCAGCGGAGACGUUUGGAAGUUGCACGUUGACGGGGCAUCAAACAGCAACGGCGCGGGUGCAGGGGUUGUCUUUCUGAUCGUCAAUCAAGUAACAGGUGAUUAUGAAGCCCGGGACCCAAGAAUGAUAAAGUAUCAAGCUACGGCUCUAGAGCUAAUUAGAGGGUUCAAAGGAUUCCAAAUCGAACAGAUCAACAGAGAGAACAACGCUCAUGCCGACGCUCUAGCAAGUUUGGCCUCGGCAAGCAAAGCAUUUGAAUACCGACACAUCAGCCUCGGCGAGAUCCACCAGCCAAGCUUCGAAGUCUCGGAAGAAGUAUUCAACAUUUCCCUCGGCCCAAGUUGGAUGGAUGAAAUCGUCUCGUUCCUCAAAGACGAUACGCUACCCUCGGACAAAAAGGAGGCCCACCGUGUACGCAGUAAAGCAGCCAACUAUUGGAUCUCUGAGCACGGCCAACUCUACAGAAAAAACUUCACAGGGCCAUAUCUACGAGUGGUUCAUCCAACCGAGGUCCCAAUUAUUUUAACCGAACUUCACUCUGGAAGCUGCGCCGAGCCAUUAGUCACAACGACUGAAGCAGACAUUCGGCGAUUCGUUUGGAGGAACAUCGUCACGAGGUUCGGCGUGCCUUAUGCAAUCGUUUCGGAUAACGGCUCCCAAUUCGUGGGCAAAGAGUUAACUGGACUCUGUGCUGAGUUCGGAAUUAGAUUCUUUAAUUCAACCCCAUCCUACCCCCAAGGUAACGGCCAGGCCGAAGCCACGAACAAGACUGUCUGCGCUGGUAUCAAACGUCGGCUGGACUCUAAACGAGGAAAAUGGGCCGAAGAACUGCCUCGGGUCCUUUGGGCCUAUCGCUCCACUUCAAGACGUUCCACUGGCCAAACUCCCUUUGCAAUGGCCUUCGGCAUGGAGGCUGUCAUCCCACUCAAAUCAAGGUUCCCAACCCUGCGCACUGAAACUUUUGAUUCAGAAACCAACAAUGAUGCAGUGGCAACCGAGCUUAUUUUAGCCGAAGAAAAGCGAGACGAUGCCCAGCUCAAGUUAGCCAACUAUCAGCAGGAAGUCACUCGGGGCUACAAUCGAAGCGUAAGGCUUAAGAAGUUCAGAACCGACGACUGGGUCUGGCGGAAGGUUGUCCAAGCCAACCAGAAGACAAAAUUUAAACCGAAUUGGGAAGGACCCUACAGGGAAGGCCUACCUUUGAAGUCUCUCAUCGGUCUCAAUCUAUCACAGCAGCUCUCAAGUCUAUUACUUUUCUCUUUCCAAAAUACUGUACUUGUUUUGACCAUCUUUUAUUUAAUGGAAAGUCUAUCCUACUUCUGA